GUCAGUCGCUCACGAACCUCCGUAGAGCACGGAACACGAGAGAGGGCGGCAUUUCGGGUGGUUUUGUUCGAAAUCUGUGUUCUGUGACGGUCAAACAACACGACGAUGUAGUGCGGUGGUGGUGCCACACGAGAGGACCCGAAGGUACUUGGUCGGUACCAAGAAAAUGGUGACUUUAAUGCCUUGCAACUAUCUGAACGCACAAACUUCGAGGUGCACAAUGAUCGACAAAAUGUGCGAGCCAAAGGUCAAGCGAUCAAGGGCAGAUGGCGAAUUACCAGAAAAAGAGAGAUUGAUAGCAGAUCCCGCAUGCAGUCCCCAAAGUGGCCAUUCUUCAUCCACGUGCGAUUCCCCCCCUCCCGCCACUGCUUCGACCGCCAUACACACCGGAUCUGAACCCCUGUCGAAUUCAACUUCGACCACUGUGCCCGUGCCCGCGAAUUUCUCCUCUUCAUGGCCCUUAUUGGACACCCAAGGUGUAAAAAGCGAGAUAAGAAGCCCAGGUUUAGCAGAACCAGACUGUGUAGCAGCCUCACAAGAUUCUGCAUCCUUUUACAGCACCCACAUUGACCUAGGGAACCUCUAUGAUAAAGACUACCACCAAACCUACUCUGCAGCACACUCCUACUACAACAGUAUGCAACCAGGUUAUGGUUCCACCGGUUCAUCAGCCCCAUACAUAAACUCCGCGUCGUCGUUCUACAACGCCCCCACGUAUCCCUACUCGGGCCUCAACUCUUCGAGGGGGCUCAAUCCCUCUUGCAAGGUGAGCGCCGGCUACAUAGCUUCCUCCUAUUCUUCUCCAACUUCACCAUUCAACUCUACUGGACAGUCGGGUCAGUAUCCAUCGUACGCCGCCUACACUGCCCCAGCCGCUUCGUCCUUUACUCAAGGAUUUUCAGCACAGGGAGUAGAGUAUAGCUCAUAUGGAACGACGUACGCCGAUUCUCAAUCUCCACAAUUCGCUUCAAGUUAUUACGCUCAAAGUUAUUCACCAUACGUUAGUUCACCUAGUUCGAGCGGUAGCAUAGGAGCUGCUUCAUAUCAACUGACUACUUCUACAAUAUUAGACAAUUCUGCUAAUGGUAUUGCUUUGGCAGAAGGCUCAACAUCACCUUUGAAGGCAGACAGCGCCAGACGUUCUAGGGAUUCAUCAGGUAGCUUAGGAUCAGAGUCUCGAGGUUCCAGGGGUAGGGGCAGGCGGACAAAUACUGUUUCUCCCACAACUCCUGAAUCUACCACAGACAGGGUGUUCAUCUGGGACCUGGAUGAGACGAUAAUAAUAUUCCACAGUCUAUUAACUGGCAGCUAUGCCACUAAAUACCAAAAAGACCCUCAGAAUGUUGUUCAGUUGGGAUUUAAGAUGGAAGAAAUGGUUUUUAACUUAGCUGAUACACAUUUUUUCUUCAAUGAUAUUGAGGAGUGUGAUCAGGUACACAUAGAUGAUGUGUCUUCAGAUGACAAUGGACAGGAUUUGUCAAAUUAUAAUUUUAGUACAGAUGGUUUCCAAUCAUCAUCUUCGGGAAGUGGCAAUUUGUGUCUAGCAACAGGAGUUAGAGGGGGUGUUGAUUGGAUGAGAAAACUAGCAUUUAGAUAUAGGAAGAUAAAGGAAACUUAUAAUAAUUAUAGAAAUAGUGUGGGUGGCUUGCUAGGAGCUUCAAAAAGGGAACAGUGGCUUCAGUUGAGAGCAGAAAUAGAAUCAGUGACUGACAAUUGGUUGACUUUGGCCAACAAGUGUUUAACACUGAUAAAUUCAAGAAGCAAUUGUGUCAAUGUUUUAGUGACAACCACACAACUCAUUCCAGCCCUUGCAAAAAUUUUACUUUUUGGUCUUGGAGGAGUAUUUCCCAUUGAUAACAUUUAUUCUGCAACAAAAAUAGGUAAAGAGAGUUGUUUUGAGCGAAUUGUGACAAGAUUUGGCAGGAAAUGUACUUAUGUAGUGAUAGGAGAUGGUCAGGAUGAAGAAGCUGCUGCCAAGUCAUUGAACUUCCCAUUCUGGAGGAUAACCAGCCAUAGUGAAAUAGCAGCCCUAUACAAUGCUUUGGACAUGGAUUUUUUAUGAUUCCACUUGAUACUUCCUUCUAUGUAUAAAAUGUAUAUUUUAUAAAUAUAAUUCUAAGUAUAUAUAAAACAAUAUGCUAGG